CAACAACAUAACCUACAAACUACAAAAUGGCCGACGACAGGGUCAAUGUCAUGCGCGGCUACAAAGCCACCCUCCAUAACCCCAACACCUCCGACGAAGCAAAACAAAACGCCCAAUCUGUCCUUGACGAUCUAGGGGGCGACCAGCCCAGCGAGGAGAUCCAUAACGCUCAAGCUGGAAAUAAGGAUCCGAUGCGCGUUGCGGCUGGAUAUAAAGCGGCGCAGCAUAAUCCGAAUGUCACAGAGGAGGGGAAGAAGAGGGCUAAGGAGGGAUUGGGGCAUUUGCCGGAGGAGUAGUUUGCUUAUUCUGUAGUACCCUGAGUACGGC